UACCCAGUCACUUUGUGUUGUAUCUGUGCUUACAAGUCAAAAAGUUAUCCAAGUCUAAGACUAUUUUAUUAACAAAGGGUUUUAAUAUAGUGAAGUAAAACGGCAGGGAAGCGCUCUUUGGAGCUUGGUGGUAGAACCGGGACUCAGGUGAUCACAGUCCUAUGCUGCACUAUCGUUCACUAUGACUGUCCUCUGACAAUUAACUGAAGAAGACGUCAAUCCACUGGGCACAUACGUCAAUUCAACGUCUAUUCCACGUUGGUUCAACGUCAUUUCAUUGAAAUUAGGUGGAAAUAACGUUGAUUCAACCAGUGUGUGCCCAGUGGGAAGCCUCUAACACGAUGACACUCAAGAUAACCAUACCAGGAAAACAAAGUGGGUCUACAUUCUCUCAGCUGAGACUCUUUCUUUGUUUCCUGAUGUAUUGCUGGGUUCUUGCUGAUCCAGCAUGUGGGUACUUCCUGAAAAACUGCACAAUCCGGGGUAAUCUCAGUGACACCUCUAACAUGAAAGUACUCUGUUAUAACAGAAAUCUUGAAGUCAUACCUAUAGCUAUUCCGCGGAAAGUAAGCAAUUUAGACUUGGCCAUGAAUAACAUUUCCAAGAUCGAAAAGUUGGAUUUUAAAGGCCUAUCAAACCUCAAAAUUCUAAACAUGUCCAGAAACCAGAUCUCUCAAGUGGACGAUGGGGCUCUUGGACACCUAGAGGCUCUUCAGGAACUGGGUUUGGCUCAUAACAGACUCACAACCCUGUCAGACCAUUUGUUUCAGGGCCUGGCCAACCUCUCCCUGCUACAUCUGGACAACAACCUCAUUGCAACCAUCAGCUCCUCAUCCUUUCAACUUCUCUCCAGUUUGAAGACAGUGAAUUUAACCAAGAACAACCUUUAUAAUAUGAAGGAAGUUCAGCCAAUCGUACAAUUACCACACUUACAUGAGUUGUACAUUGGGAGCAACAGAUUCACCUCUUUCCAGUCACAGGAAAUAUCAAAUACGUCUAUAGAGCUGAGGCUGUUGGAUUUAUCCCGGAAUCCAUUGGGAAUCUUCAGGAUCACGGCAGAUGUUCUUCCUUACCUUGAGGUGUUAGACAUCGCCUACUGUGGCCAACUUGGACACAUGGAAUGGGAUGUGCUGGACAGGUCUUUUCUGAGAAACGUCAAUCGUCUCAACUUGAGCGGCAUUGAGAUGUCUUUCGAGAGGAUGGGUAUGGUGCUGCAGACUGUCAACUCCUCAUUAGUCCAUCUGAGAUUGCAUGACCUCGUCAACAGCUCAAGGCUCAAGAUCAAGGCUCUCACUGAUAUUGCCUGCCGUAUACCUACACUCAGUGUGCUCCGGCUGGAAUAUAACAACAUAGGUAAUCUCUCUGAGGAAUUUCUGCAGUCAUGUAAACACCUGACAGAAGUGGACAUAUCAGAUACUGGUCUUACUCAGCUGUCUGACUUUUCAUUCAGAUCAAUAGAGCAAUUAAGUGCUUUGAAACUGGGCCACAAUAGGCUUUCUUUCGUGCCAAAGGCCACAAAAAAUCUACCGACACUGAAGAUCCUGGAUCUCAGCUUCAAUAUCAUCAAUAAACUAGGCUGCUCAGAUUUCUCCAAUCUUACAGAACUCACACAACUCAUUAUUUUCCACAAUCAAAUCCCCAACCUUCCGGGAUGUGUUUUCCAGGAUUUGAAAGAAUUAAGGAUCCUUAAAAUGGGAUCAAACAAAAUCCUGACCUUGAAUGAUGCCUUCAUGAAUGCUUUGCACAAACUUGAGGCUUUGAAUUUGGCAGGCAAUAAACUGAGCUCUAUCAGAAAAGGAGAGUUUAAAAGCUUAACAUCACUCAAGACUUUACUUUUAUUUGACAAUCAGAUUGCCAGCAUGGAAGAUGGAGCCUUUGAGGGAUUGGUCAACCUUACAGAACUUAAACUGGGCUCAAAUAAGAUCACUCAAAUAGGCAUACGAAAUACUGUGCUCAUGGGACUCCCACUCUUAAAAAGUCUUGAUAUAUCCUGUAAUUACAUCACAUAUGUAAAUGAUGAUAAACUAAACCCUCCACCCUUCUCUCAUCUGACAUCUCUGGAGAACCUCAGGAUAUUUAGUCAGCGUCACAAGGGACUGUCUCAUCUACCGAUCAACUUCCUUGAAGGACUGAAAUCUUUAUUGUCAUUCCAGGCAGGGAGUCUUAAUAUUAAGGAGCUGUACCCAGACACAUUCAUUUACACACCCCGGUUGUGGUUCCUUGAUAUCAGUAAGAAUGAGUUCACAGCCCUCACUCCAAAGCUGUUUCACCCAAUCCCAAGGCUCAACAGCCUGUACCUAACCAAAGCCCGAAUUCAGUCCUUAGAUUUCCUCAUAGGAGCAAACCUCAGUAGAGUCACUUUAUUGCAGGUGAGCAAGAACGACAUAACAGUAGUCAAUGAGACAGUGUUGCGUUCUCUCCCUGCCUUGACAUACCUGGACAUGCAAGAUAAUGCUUUCACCUGUGGCUGCAGCGAUGCUUGGUUUGUCCAGUGGAUAGAGAGCGACAACCAAACACAAGUUGUUGGUGCAGGAGAAUUUACUUGCAACUAUCCUGCCGAUCUAAAGGACACCAAGCUGUUGGAUGUUGAGCUUCAGUUCUGUAUAGUACGCUUAGGACUUUACUACUACAUCUCUACCACUUGUCUGGUCCUCCUCACCCUGAUAGCAUCCUUUGCCUACCACUUCCUGAAAUGGCAGGUAAUUUACGGCUAUUACCUCUUCCUGGCUUUCCUCUAUGACACCAAGCAAAGGAAUAAGCACACGCCUCAUGGCUGUCAGUACGAUGCCUUCAUCUCCUACAACGCCCACGAUGAGCCCUGGGUCCUGAGGGAGCUUCUGCCAGAGCUGGAGGGAGAGCAGGGCUGGAAGCUGUGUCUCCACCACCGGGACUUCCAGCCAGGCAAACCAAUCAUAGACAACAUUAUGGACGGCAUCUACGGAAGCCGCAAGACCAUCUGUGUGAUCAGCCGCCGCUACCUGGAGAGUGAGUGGUGCUCCCGGGAGAUCCAGGUGGCCAGCUUCCGGCUCUUUGAUGAGCAGAAGGACGUCCUGAUUCUGGUGUUCCUGGAGGAGAUCCCUACCCACCAGCUGUCACCCUACCACCGGAUGAGGAAGCUAGUGAAGAGACGCACAUACCUGAGCUGGCCCAGAGCUGGGGAGCAACCCGGGGUCUUCUGGCAGCAACUACGGCUGGCUUUAGAGACCAAGGACGGCCCUGCUGAGGAAAAUCCCAUCCUCUCUGGUUGCAGGCUCUGUGAUAGAAACUACGUCAGAGAGAUGUUUUUGACCAUGUUGGAAUACUGGGAAAUCUACACAGAACGUGUAGUGCUGGUCCUCAGGGACAGUGGGGCAAACAUGGUGAAAGGUAUGAGACUGGCGGAGCUUCCAGACUUCAGCUGCAGUGCACACACCCUACAGCUUGCAAUCAAUGAUGGCCUAUCCAGUCAGAGAGCUGUGCUAGACAUUCUUGCCAUGUUGAAGAGCUGUGCAACUCACUUUGACCACUCUGUACUGGCCAAACAGAGGCUGAGGGCCAUUCAGGAAGAGCGUGGCCUUCUCAAACACAGCAUCAUCCAAGCAGUUCAAACUCGCUGGAACUCAACACUACACAUGUUGCAGAGGAUGUUUGAACAGAGGCGUGAACUGAAAGUGUAUGCAGGUGAAUACGGACACAUCAGCAGUUUGUCUGCUGCACAGUGGGACAUUGUCUCUAACCUAAUUGAGACUCUGACACCUAUGGAGGAGGUGACACUUGAGAUGAGCCACUCCGACUCUACAGCCGCAUGCAUCAUCCCCAGUGUGUCGGUGCUGAAGCUGAUGCUGCAGCAGGAGGGUUCUUCUACUCAAGGCAUCAAAACUUUACGGAGACCAUGUUGGACAGUGGAAAUAACGUUGAUUCAACUAGUGUGUUGUGCCCAGUGGGAAGCCUCUAACACGAUGACACUCAAGAUAACCAUGCCAGGAAAACAAAGUGGGUCUACAUUCUCUCAGCUGAGACUCUUUCUUUGUUUCCUGAUGUAUUGCUGGGGUCUAGCUGAUCCAGCAUGUGGGUACUUCCUGAAAAACUGCACAAUCCGGGGUAAUCUCAGUGACCCCUCUGACAUGAAAGUACUCUGUUAUAACAGGAAUCUUGAAGUCAUACCUAUAGCUAUUCCGCGGAAAGUAAGCAAUUUAGACUUGGCCAUGAAUAACAUUUCCAAGAUCGAAAAGUUGGAUUUUAAAGGCCUAUCAAACCUAAAAUUUCUAAACAUGUCCAGAAACCAGAUCUCUCAAGUGGACGAUGGGGCUCUUGGACACCUAGAGGCUCUUCAGGAACUGGGUUUGGCUCAUAACAGACUCACAACCCUGUCAGACCAUUUAUUUCAGGGCCUGGCCAACCUCUCCCUGCUACAUCUGGACAACAACCUCAUUGCAACCAUCAGCUCCUCAUCCUUUCAGCUUCUCUCCAGUUUGAAGACAGUGAAUUUAACCAUUAACAACCUUGAGAAUAUGAAGGAAGUUCAGCCCAUCGUACAAUUGCCACACUUACAUGAGUUGUACAUUGGGAGCAACAGAUUCACCUCUUUCCAGUCACAGGAAAUAUCAAAUACGUCUAUAGAGCUGAGGCUGUUGGAUUUAUCCCGGAAUCCAUUGGGAAUCUUCAGGAUCACGGCAGAUGUUCUUCCUUACCUUGAGGUGUUAGACAUCGCCUACUGUGGCCAACUUGGACACAUGGAAUGGGAUGUGCUGGACAGGUCUUUUCUGAGCAACAUCAAUCGUCUCAACUUGAGCGGCAUUGAGAUGUCUUUCGAGAGGAUGGGUAUGGUACUGCAGACUGUCAACUCCUCAUUAGUCCACCUGAGAUUGCAUGACCUCGUCAACGGCUCAAGGCUCAAGAUCAUUGCUCUCACUGAUAUUGCCUGCCGUAUACCUACACUCAGUGUGCUCCGGCUGGAAAAAAACAACAUAGGUAAUCUCUCUGAGGAAUUUCUGCAGUCAUGUAAACACCUGACAGAAGUGGACAUAUCAAAUACUGGUCUUACUCAGCUGUCUGACUUUUCAUUCAGAUCAAUAGAGCAAUUAAGUGCUUUGAAACUGGGCCACAAUAGGCUUUCUUUCGUGCCAAAGGCCACAAAAAAUCUACCGACACUGAAGAUCCUGGAUCUCAGCUUCAAUAUCAUCAAUAAACUAGGCUGCUCAGAUUUCUCCAAUCUUACAGAACUCACACAACUCAUUAUUUUCCACAAUCAAAUCCCCAACCUUCCGGGAUGUGUUUUCCUGGAUUUGAAAGAAUUAAGGAUCCUUAAAAUGGGAUCAAACAAAAUCCUGACCUUGAAUGAUGCCUUCAUGAAUGCUUUGCACAAACUUGAGAUGAUGGAUUUGGCAGGCAAUAAACUGAGCUCUAUCAGAAAAGGAGAGUUUAAAAGCUUAACAUCACUCAAGACUUUACUUUUAUUUGACAAUCAGAUUUCCAGCAUGGAAGAUGGAGCCUUUGAGGGAUUGGUCAACCUUACAGAACUUAAACUGGGCUCAAAUAAGAUCACUCAAAUAGGCAUACGAAAUACUGUGCUCACGGGACUCCCACUCUUAAAAAGUCUUGAUAUAUCCUGUAAUUACAUCACAUAUGUAAAUGAUGAUAAACUAAACCCUCCACCCUUCUCUCAUCUGACAUCUCUGGAGAACCUCAGGAUAUUUAGUCAGCGUCACAAGGGACUGUCUCAUCUACCGAUCAACUUCCUUGAAGGACUGAAAUCUUUAUUGUCAUUCCAGGCAGGGAGUCUUAAUAUUAAGGAGCUGUACCCAGACACAUUCAUUUACACACCCCGGUUGUGGUUCCUUGAUAUCAGUAAGAAUGAGUUCACAGCCCUCACUCCAAAGCUGUUUCACCCAAUCCCAAGGCUCAACAGCCUGUACCUGUCCAAAGCCCGAAUUCAGUCCUUAGAUUUCCUCAUAGGAGCAAACCUCAGUAGAGUCACUUUAUUGCAGGUGAGCAAGAACGACAUAACAGUAGUCAAUGAGACAGUGUUGCGUUCUCUCCCUGCCUUGACAUACCUGGACAUGCAAGAUAAUGCUUUCACCUGUGGCUGCAGCGAUGCUUGGUUUGUCCAGUGGAUAGAGAGCGACAACCAAACACAAGUUGUUGGUGCAGGAGAAUUUACUUGCAACUAUCCUGCCGAUCUAAAGGACACCAAGCUGUUGGAUGUUGAGCUUCAGUUCUGUAUAGUACGCUUAGGACUUUACUACUACAUCUCUACCACUUGUCUGGUCCUCCUCACCCUGAUAGCAUCCUUUGCCUACCACUUCCUGAAAUGGCAGGUAAUUUACGGCUAUUACCUCUUCCUGGCUUUCCUCUAUGACACCAAGCAAAGGAAUAAGCACACGCCUCAUGGCUGUCAGUACGAUGCCUUCAUCUCCUACAACGCCCACGAUGAGCCCUGGGUCCUGAGGGAGCUUCUGCCAGAGCUGGAGGGAGAGCAGGGCUGGAAGCUGUGUCUCCACCACCGGGACUUCCAGCCAGGCAAACCAAUCAUAGACAACAUUAUGGACGGCAUCUACGGAAGCCGCAAGACCAUCUGUGUGAUCAGCCGCCGCUACCUGGAGAGUGAGUGGUGCUCCCGGGAGAUCCAGGUGGCCAGCUUCCGGCUCUUUGAUGAGCAGAAGGACGUCCUGAUUCUGGUGUUCCUGGAGGAGAUCCCUUCCCACCAGCUGUCACCCUACCACCGGAUGAGGAAGCUAGUGAAGAGACGCACCUACUUGAGUUGGCCCAGAGCUGGGGAGCACACUGGGGUCUUCUGGCAGCAACUACGGCUGGCUUUAGAGACCAAGGACGGCCCUGCUGAGGAAAAUCCCAUCCUCUCUGGGGUGCAGGCUCUGUGACUGUGACACCUUGUUUUGAAACAACCGUCACACUCUGAACCUUUUCUUUACAUCUGCAUGAGAAUAUCAUUAAGAAAUGCUUACACAUAAUUACCAGUUCAUGAUCACAUUUACCUGUAAGACUUUUUUUUGCUUGUCAUACUGUAGAAUUACUUAUCUGUAUGUAUUACUUGAUUUUUCCUGUAUCUUAAUUAUCUAAUGAAUGAAUGCAAUAUAAUCAUAC